AUGGCACCACCAUACACAUAUCCGGUUGCUGGUAUAGUCUAUUUUGCCACGCAUCCUCAGCUGUGGAUUAAAGCAUUAUGUCCAUUCCUGCUCACACUCAUCUUUGGCAUCAUCUCCCUGGUGCUCUCCUUUGUUUAUCUAUUUCCAUUACAAGCGCAUGCACUUAUUGUCGCCAAAUGUCCAGUCUGGCUAGCUUGGACAGUGUCAGUCAUCUUCGUCUUGUUGGAAUCAGCUGUGUUUGAUUUGAUCUUCUUUGCUGUUCUCAUGGCAUUUAUGCAGGAUGCUUUGUUUGAUGCAACACUCAAGGCGAGAGGAUUAGAACGUAUGUUUACAAACAGGGUGCCUGUUUCAGGCAUGAGACUCUGCUGUCGUGGUAUAUCCUCGGGUUUAGCAUUACUGUGGAUUCUCGUGCUAGCUCAAGUGUUUGUUUUGAUCAUCACUGCUCCGUUACAUUUGAUCCCUGUUGUCGGCACAUUUAUUGCAUGUUAUAUCAAUGGUUGGGUAGCCUGCUGGGGCCAUCAUCUGCAUUAUGAUAUCGAGUUUAGAGGCUUUUCAGUGAGUGAUUCUCGCAGUUUUGCUUGGCGCCACAGAUCAAGUUAUUGUAAUUUCGGCGUUGUCGCUGUCGCACUGGAGUUGAUCCCAUUGUUCAAUCUACUUUUCAUGUGGACCAACGUUGUAGGUGCUGCUCUUUGGGUCGGUGAUAAGUAUGAAAAGAACGAGAGAGAAAUUGCUAGAAGAAACAGAGGAAACGCAUCAACGGAAGCACUCGUUUUUCAACAUCCUGGACUGAAAGAUGGGUAUGGUGCAGUUUGA